CUGAAAAAUUUUCGAUAGUUAACUCCUUGAACUCAUAUGAACCUAUGAAGGUGAAGCAUCUUCUCCAAUUUUCCAAACCUCCGGGUUCUUCCAGACAAUCAGUGAUUGAAGAAUUGACCCAUUUACAGAAGCCAUGGUGUUCUUAUUUCCAACGCUUGAAUCCAUGAAACUCCUGUCAUUAUGUCUGCCUAUGGUCACUUCUCUUCAUGCAGCAUUGUCUUCCUCACUCUCACUUCAACACACAGAAGCAAAAGCUUUGUUGAAGUGGAAAGCUAGCCUUGACAGCCCAAGUCAAACAUUACUAUCUUCAUGGGAUGGCAAUAGUUCAUGCAGUUGGCUUGGAAUUGCUUGUGACCACUCAGGAUCAGUCUCCAACAUAAAUCUUACAAACAUUGGAUUAAGUGGUACGCUUCAAACUCUCAAUUUUUCAUCAUUUCCAAACAUCCUCACUCUUGAUACCAGUCUUAACUCCUUCACUGGAAGUAUUCCUCCUCAAAUUGGGGAAUUGUCCAAACUCACUCAUCUUGAUUUAAGUCACAAUCAUCUCACUGGACCAAUUCCUUCUGAAAUAACUCAGUUGGUCAGUCUUCAAAUUUUACAUCUGGAAAAGAACAUUUUCAAUGGCUCUAUUCCUGAAGAAAUAGGUGAAUUAAGGAAUUUGAGAGAGAUUACUUUUAAAUUUGCCAAUUUCACGGGGACAAUCCCAAAGUCUAUUGGAAAACUGCCAUUCUUGUCAAAGCUUUGUGCUUGGAAUUGUGGUCUCACAGGGUCUAUUCCAAACUCUAUAGGAAAUUUGAGCAGCCUGCUAUUUCUAGAUUUUACGCUGAACAACCUUUACGGAAAUAUUCCUAAUGAAAUUUGGAAUUUGACAAACUUAAAGACUUUGCGGCUAGGAUAUAAUAGCUUACAUAGUUCUAUUCCUAGAGAAAUAUGUACGCUGCAGCAGCUGGAGGCUCUAGAUAUGAAAGCAAACAAUUUAUUUGGCAACAUUCCUGUGGAAAUUGGGAAAUUGGUGAACUUGACCACGUUAUGGCUUUCAAGCAAUAACCUUUCGGGUUCUGUUCCCCGAGAAAUUGGAACGAUGACAAAUUUGUUUCAACUUGAUUUGUCCAAUAACUCUUUAUCAGGUACAAUCCCCCCUACAAUUGGAAAUCUGAGCAAGUUAGGUUAUUUAUGCAUAAAUGACAACCAUCUCUCUGGUUCCAUUCCUAAUGAAGUCGGAAAACUCCAUUCUCUUCUGACAAUCCGAUUGUCAAAUAAUAAUCUCUCUGGACCAAUCCCAUCUUCCAUUGGUAACUUGUUCAAUUUAGACUCUAUUCAUCUUAUUAGAAACAAACUCUCCGGAAUAAUUCCUUCGACCAUUGGUAACUUGACAAAGCUCACCGCUCUUACUUUAUUCUCAAAUAAGCUUAGUGGACACAUCCCGGCAGAAAUAAAUAUGCUUAACAACCUGGAAACAUUGGAUUUAUGUGACAAUAAUUUCAUUGGUCAUUUGCCUCACAAUGUUUGCUAUAGUGGAAAGUUGCUAAAGUUUACUGCUGCCAGAAACCAUUUCACAGGUCCAGUACCCAAGAGUUUGAAGAAUUGCUCCAGCCUCAUAAGAGUUUCAGUUCAUGAAAAUCAUUUGACAGGAAAUCUAACAGAGGAUUUUGGUGUAUAUCCACACUUGGAUUACAUAUACCUGAGUGAAAAUAACUUUUAUGGCCAUCUUUCCCCAAAAUGGGGGAAAUGCCGUAAUCUCAGAAGCCUCAAAAUCUCUAACAAUAAUUUAUCAGGAAGCAUUCCACCAGAACUAAGUCAGGCAACCAAUUUACAUAUAAUUCAACUGUCUUCAAAUCACCUCACAGGAGACAUUCCUGAACAUUUAGGUAAUUUGACCUACCUGUUCGAACUUUCUCUCCAUAGUAAUAAUCUCUCAGGGAAUCUUCCUAUAAAAAUAGCAUCAUUGCAAGAUCUUGAAACCUUAGAGCUCGGAGCAAAUAGUUUUUCUGGUUUAAUUCCAAAUCAACUUGGUAAUUUGGUCAAGUUAUUACAUUUGAAUUUGAGCCAAAAUAGAUUUACUGAAAAUAUUCCAUUGGAGUUUGGUAAAUUAAAAUAUCUUCAAAGUCUUGAUCUUAGCAUGAACAUUUUGAGUGGAAAAAUACCAUCAAAGUUGGGAGAGCUUAAAAGCUUAGAAAUAUUAAAUAUCUCACAUAAUCAUCUUUCAGGUGAUCUCUCCAGCUUUGAUGAGAUGAUAAGCUUGAUAUCUGUUGAUAUAUCAUACAACCAAUUACAGGGUCCACUUCCCAACAUUUCAGCCUUCAAUAUGGCUACAAUUGAAGCAUUGAGAAAUAAUAAAGGCUUGUGUGGUAAUGUCUCAGGCUUGGAACCAUGCUCAACAUCACGAAACAAAUCUCAAAACAGAGUCAUAUUGGUAGUUUUACCCAUUGGUUUGGGAACAUUCAUGCUAACAUUGUUUAUCUUUGGAGUCUCAUAUCAUCUUUGUCGAAAGUCAAAGACAAAAGAACAUCCGAUUGCAGAAUCAUCAGUUCAAAAUCCUUUUGCGAUAUGGAGUAUUGAUGGAAAGAUGGUGUAUGAGAACAUAAUCGAAGCCACAGAAGAGUUUGACCAUAAACAUCUCAUUGGAGUUGGAGGACAAGGAAGCGUUUUCAAAGCUGAAUUGCAAACAGGUCAAGUUGUUGCUGUUAAGAAACUCCAUUCAGUACAAAAUGGAGAAAGUUCAAAUGAUAAAGCUUUCUCAAGUGAAAUUCAAGCUUUGACAGAAAUUCGACACCGUAACAUUGUGAGGUUAUAUGGGUAUUGUUCUCAUUCUCGAUUCUCAUUUUUGGUGUAUGAGUUCUUAGAAAGGGGAAGCAUAGAUAAUAAUUUAAAAAACAAUGAAGAGGCAAUUGCAUUUAAUUGGAAAAGAAGGAUUGAUGCCAUUAAAGGUGUAGCAAAUGCUUUAUGCUAUAUGCAUCAUGAUUGUUCACCUCCAAUUGUUCAUCGGGAUAUAUCAAGCAAGAAUGUUAUUUUGAAUUCGGAGUAUGUGGCUCAUGUCUCAGAUUUUGGAACUGCCAAGCUUCUUAAUACUAAUUCAACCAAUUGGACAUCAUUUGUGGGAACUUUUGGAUAUGCUGCUCCAGAACUUGCAUACAAGAUGGAAGUGAAUGAAAAAUGUGAUGUCUACAGCUUUGGGGUAUUAGCACUGGAAAUACUUUUUGGAGAGCACCCUGGAGAAUUUAUAAAUUCAUUGUUGAUAUCUUCAUCCAAUGUCAUGAAUUCAACACUUAAUAUUUCUUCAUUUCUAGGUAAGUUAGAUGAACGUCUCCCAUAUCCUGCAAAUAUAGCUAAAGAAAUAGCUUUGAUUGUAAGGAUAGUGAAUGCAUGCUUGAGUGAAAGCCCUAGUUCUCGUCCUACCAUGAAGCAAGUGGUCAACUACUCUUCAAUGUAGAAAUCAUGAAUGAAUUAAUUCCGAGGUGUCAUGAAGAAAGUUGAAAGGUUGAAUUUACUGAAAGUGUACUGCAUUUUAGUUUAAUUCUAAUCUUAAUGUUUCGAGUCAGUUCUUCUCUUUUGUAUUCAAGUUUGGUUUGGUCUUGUGCUGUUUAAUGGUGUACUUUGUUCAGUGUUGUGGGUUUGUUCAAACAAAUUGUUCCCUUUUUAUAAAUAACUUGGUUUGACAAAAGCUUAUAA